AUGGGGCGCGGCUUCGGGGGCGUGCUCCCGCGCGGGCUCCCCAUUGGCCGCCGGACGUCACGUGCCCACCGGGGUCUGAUUGGCGCGCGCGGUCGCGGGCGGGCGGGGCUUGGGACGCCGCCGCCCGGGACGAGCUUCACUUCCGCGAGGCCUGCUCUCGGCGGAAGCCCGCGCCAGGUGCAGGAAGGACCCUCAGGGGGCCGGGAUGCUAGUGGAAGUGGACCCCGACGGCGAGGGCGGCGCCCAUGCAGGAGGCCUAGGAAUCAGGCUGGCCAGUUCAUCUCCGUGGUGACCCUCUUUGAGGUGAUGGCCAGGAGGAGGAGCUCCAUACUGGCGCAGGGAGCACCCUCGGGGGGCCAAGAUGUCAGUGGGCCUGGCACCCGCCGGCGAGGGCGGCCACCGCGGAAGCACCGCAAGAGGAAGGUGGCCUUCACCACAGAGGUGACCCUCUUUGAGAUGGUCGCCCUGGGGAAGAACUCGGUGCAGACAGCCGUCGAGGAGUGGGUGCAGUCCUAUAAAGAGGACAGGGAGCUGGCCUUGCUGGACCUCAUCAGCUUCUUCGUCCAGUGCUGUGGCUGUGAAGGGAUGGUGACAGCCGAGCUGUACCAGAGCAACCAAGGCCAGAACGUGGUGCACAAAAUGACCGAGAAGUUUGACCAGGAGACUGGGCUGUACUACAAGAAGUUUCUGGCCUACCCCUGGAUCCUGACCAUCAUGUGGCCAGAGAAACUGAUCUCAUCAUGCUCUGUCUACACUGGGAAGUUUAGACCUGCCAAUGUUCUGUCUACGCUGUGUCAUGGAGCCCUGACUGUUCUGUCUGCGUUGCGUCAUGGAGCCCCCUGA